CUCCUCUCUCCAUCCCCCGUCAUCCGCCAGGCUCCGAGCUGCAUCCCGCAUCGUCCGGAUCUCCAUCCCACGCCGUCCGUCCUCCAGCGCAACUUCAGGCGCCGGGCUGCCAGACAUUUACCGCGAAGGCUCGCUGCCGGUGCUGACCACAAGAGCCAGGUCUGAAACAGCAGUCGCUGACCGUGGUCCUGAAGCCACUGGCUGCUGACCGGGAAGACCACCACCAGACCCGUAUGCUUUUGAAGCAUCGCUAGGACAAGGCCGGCGCAGUUUCUAAGGGGCACCAGCAGAGGUCAGGCUUUGUUUACCCUUGUCUUUCAACAUGGAUGACGGCUACAGGGACAGAACCGCCUUCAUACGGGGCGCCAAGGACAUUGCCAAGGAGGUGAAGCGGCAGGCAGCGAAGAAGGUUGGGCGAGGAAUGGACAGAAUGACCGACGAGUACUCCAAGCGCUCCUACACGCGCUUCGAGGAGGACGAUGACGACGACUACCCAGUGCAGAGCCAGGACGGGGGCUACUACCGUAGUGACAGCCGGGCCAACGAUGACGAGGGGGCCCAUAGCGACUCCACUGAGGGCCACGAUGAGGAUGACGAGAUCUACGAGGGCGAGUACCAGGGCAUCCCGCGGGCAGACUCGGGCAAAGAGGACGGCCAGCUGGGCGGGUCCGGGGUGCCGGCGGGCGCUCAGUUCCGGGACUUUGGCGAGACGGCGGGCGAGCGCCGGAAGGAUCAGGAAGAGCUGGCGCAGCAGUACGAGACCAUCCUGCAGGAGUGCGGCCACGGCCGGUUCCAAUGGACGCUCUACUUCGUGCUGGGCCUGGCGCUCAUGGCCGACGGCGUGGAGGUCUUCGUGGUGGGCUUUGUGCUGCCGAGCGCUGAGAAGGACAUGUGCCUGUCCGAGCCCAACAAGGGCAUGCUGGGGCUGAUCGUGUACCUGGGCAUGAUGGUCGGUGCAUUCCUCUGGGGGGGGCUGGCUGACCGCAUCGGCCGCCGGCAGUGCCUGCUCAUAUCCCUGUCCAUCAACAGCGUCUUCGCCUUCUUCUCCUCUUUCGUCCAGGGAUACAGCACUUUCCUGUUCUGCCGCCUGCUCUCAGGCGUCGGGAUCGGCGGCUCCAUCCCCAUCGUCUUCUCCUACUACUCAGAGUUCUUGGCCCAGGAGAAGCGCGGCGAGCACUUGAGCUGGCUCUGCAUGUUCUGGAUGAUCGGGGGCAUCUAUGCCUCUGCUAUGGCCUGGGCCAUCAUCCCCCACUACGGCUGGAGUUUCCAGAUGGGUUCGGCUUACCAGUUCCACAGCUGGCGCGUGUUCGUACUGGUGUGCGCCUUCCCCUCAGUGGCCGCCAUCGCCGCCCUCACCACCAUGCCGGAGAGUCCACGCUUCUUCCUGGAGAAUGGGAAGCAUGACGAGGGCUGGAUGGUUCUGAAACAGGUGCAUGACACCAACAUGAGGGCCAAGGGAUACCCAGAGAGAGUCUUCUCUGUCACCGCCAUCAAGACGGUGAAGCCGAUGGACGAGCUGGUGGACAUGGGAGGAGACGCAGCAGUGUGGCACAAGCGCUGGAAGAUGAAGCUGCUCAGCCUGUUCCAGCAGGUGUGGAGUAACUUCCAGGCCUGCUUCGCCCCUGAGUACCGACGCACCACCCUCAUGAUGAUGGCUGUGUGGUUCACCAUGUCCUUCAGUUACUACGGCCUGACGGUUUGGUUCCCUGACAUGAUCAAGUAUCUGCAGAAGCAGGAUUAUGCCAGUCGCACCAAGGUCUUCACCAAGGAGCGUGUGGAGCAUGUCACCUUCAAUUUUACCCUGGAGAACCAGAUCCACCGUAAUGGCCGCUACUUCAAUGACAAGUUCAUCAACAUGAAGAUGAAGUCCAUGGUGUUUGAGAACUCUGCGUUUGAGGAGUGUUACUUUGAGGACAUCACAUCGAGCAACACAUUCUUCAAGAAUUGCACCUUCAUCUCCACUCUCUUUUACAACACAGAUCUGUUCAAGUACAGGUUGAUCAACAGCCGUCUGAUAAACAGCACCUUCCUGCACAACAAGGAAGGCUGCAUCCUGGACUUCAGCGACGACAACAACGCCUACAUGAUCUACUUCGUCAGCUUCCUGGGCACACUCGCCGUCUUGCCCGGCAACAUCGUGUCCGCCCUGCUAAUGGACAAGAUCGGACGUCUGAGGAUGCUCGCGGGAUCCAGCGUGAUGUCGUGUAUCAGCUGUUUCUUCCUGUCAUUCGGCAACAGCGAGUCGGCCAUGAUUGCUCUGCUCUGCCUAUUUGGCGGUAUCAGUAUUGCCUCUUGGAAUGCCUUGGAUGUCCUGACAGUGGAGCUGUACCCUUCGGAUAAACGAACAACAGCGUUUGGUUUCCUCAACGCCCUCUGCAAGCUGGCAGCCGUUCUGGGCAUUAGCAUCUUCACCUCCUUCGUGGGCAUCACCAAAGCCGUGCCCAUCCUGUUCGCCUCGGGGGCACUGGCCGCCGGCAGCUUCCUGGCCCUCAAGCUGCCUGAGACACGGGGCCAGGUGCUGCAGUAGGGUGCUGCCACCAGCAGAGGGAGCAGUGGAGCCCGAGCAGCCUCACUGUGACCUGAGCCCACCCAAGCCCCAGCCCCAUAAUCCCAGGUGACUGCGAGGGGGCCACAUGUUGCAAGCUACACCUAUAAACCACAGAACAACCGUCUCCAUUAUCCGGAAACCAGUGACAAUCACUUUUCAGCUGCUUCAAGGUCGAGUAUGUUUUUGAGGUUAAGAACCUUCUUAAAGUCCAAGUGAAUGCUGUGCUCUGUGUUGAGCUGAAACAUAUGUUGUGUUUGGGUUAAACUGGAGCAUCCUCUCCCAGGAGUUGUCCAAACAUGUACAAAGCUUUUUGCUGGGUAAUAUUCCUUAAAUGUUAGGUUUCUUAACUUUAUUGUGUUGUCCAUAUACUCAGAAAAUAUUCAAUAUUUGGCCACAUAUCACUGUCCUGUCCGACAGUCAACUGUACGUGACAGAGAUAAAUCCCCCCCCAUUUUGUACAGCACAAAGCUUCACAUUACUAGGCAAACCAUCUUCAGGAAUUAUUUAUCCAACUGGAAAGUUGCAAACAUGAUUAACAUCCAUUCUUCAACAUGAAGUUGUCCCUGGAACUAUGGGGCGGGACUGGUGGCCUUAACUUUGAGCCAUGUAAAAUUUUCCCUUUCCUAUUCAAUAAAGACACAUUUUACUCAGAAAGCUACCACAAAUACCCAUCACAUAAACAAUGGACUGCGGACAGCCAAGGUCACCCUCACGCCUUCUUAUGGGUAGCUGAAAUUUUUCCCAUCAGAUGAGGGACAGACACUUUUUUGCAUUUUAGAUGACCUUCAUCUGAAGGUACUGAUGUCCAUGGCAACUGGGUAAAUCCUUUGAUACCUAAGCUAGCUGAACCAAGGCCCAUUUUACCCUCUUUACCAGUGAAAAUGCAGAGAUAUUGUAUGUUUCUUACAGUAAUUAACUGUAGCUUAACUGUCAUUAAUAGAUCUAGUACAUUCCAGGUUUACUUUCUCGUGAUCAGGGUAGAGGGAUAACAGCACUUUUCAGUUCAGCUGAAGCAGAAACAGAAGAACUGAACUCGUAUUCUUGGGUGGAACCACUUAAAAUUCGUCUUUAUUGAAAAUUAUAAUGCUCUGCCAGUCAGUCUGUGUAGCAUUCAGAAAUGCUUGCAAAGCCGAUGUCAGAAUGGAUAUUGAGACUGGUGGAAUUCGCCCUUUAUCUUAAUGUACGCUCCAGAUCUCACCAUAUUCUGCCAUCGUGGAAUAGUGGUCUGCUGGCGGGGAAGAUGAACCUUACAGCACUCCAGUUUGAGCAAGUAGCUCACUGGCAUUUUGGACGACUUCCUAGAAUUUUUCUGAUGUCCUUGAAAAUCGCUGAAGGAUCUGGGGGUUGAAUUACAUUCAGGACAUUGACUUGCUUCAAUAAUAUCCCCCCCCCCCGCUCUCCCAUUUUGCCUGAAUGCCACGAGUGACUGGUUUUUGUUUUAGUGUUUUUCAAACCUCAAACAAUCAUACUUCCCACAAAAAACCAAGGAAAUGAGCAGUAAAUAAAAACAGUUCCUUUAUGCCUCCAUUAUUAUCAAAGGAUUAAUAAUCAAGUAAAGCCUAUAAAUCCCGGUGCUGUGAAGGAGCGAAAACAUGGACCGUCUGUGGGUCCCCAGGGACCGGGUUGGGAAACAUGAAUUCUUUAAAAAAGGCAAUUAAAGGGGCUUGUAUGCUGGACUAAAAAUUCCAAAACAUGAGAAAUAACCAUGCCUUUGAUACGAAGCAAUGCCACAAUACGAUCUGCUAUCCGUGGUCCAGCAUGUGAGUUGAUGUUGUUUUAGUUUUAUCAGAGUGCAUGUAUAUCGUACACAUGGUAGGACUGAGGGGCUGAUACUCAUUAGGCUGUUUUAACUAUAAGCCAUCUCUGAUCUUCUCUUCACAGACCUUUGUCACCCUUCUUAACCCCGCCCACAUUCUACAUAGCCACCCCCCAUCAUUUGUGGCCACACCCUUGUGAUGUUGGCCACACCCACUUUUCAUAGCCCCACCCCUAGUCUUUGAAGCCAAACCAAAUGUGCUCCUUCUCUGUUUUGGUUGUGUAGUUAUCAACAGCGUUAGGUGUGCGUGUUUUGAUAGGAGAUCAAUUGUCCAUGGACGUGAGUGAGACUGUCGUCUUUCAAACCGUCCAAAGAAAUUGGGCAAAAGAUUUAGAAAAGCACAACGUGGUCCAAACAGAUAUUACCAAUGUAGGUUUCUUUUUAAAAUAAUUUAUGAUAUAUAAACGUAAAUAAAUGAAAACCUGAAAAGAGGUAUUAUUACUAUUAUUGUGGGGGAAAAUGUUCUAGCUAUUUCAAAAGAAUAUAAAGUAAAAGAGAGAAUAAAUAAACUUCCUGUUUCAGUUUAUGUAAAACUGUAGCAAGACGAUUAGUCUUAGAUUUAUAUAUGAUAUAUGUAUAUAUUUUGGUUUAUUUAUUGAUGGUGGGUAAAAUCACAUUGUUUUAAAGCAAACAGAUCUAUUUUAUUGAUAUGCAGUGUGUUUGUUAUUGUUGUCUUUCAUGUCUUAGGCCAUGAACAUGGAGACUGGAGUGUGUUCAUAUAAAGUAUCUGUGGGCAUAUGAGUGUGUGAGUCGGACUGUGUGUGGAUAUGCAGUCUGAGUAUACUAUUAAAUGUAUUCUCUUUUUUUAUUAUUUUUCUACCUAUUUAACACCUGUGUAUAAUUGAAGUCCAGUUGUUGAUUGUUUUGUGAUAAAUGUUACUAAAGGGAGUGAAAGUGAGGAGAGUUUUCAGAGCCGCAGUGAGGAGCUGGAAUGCAUUUUUAUGCUCAGAAAGCUUAGACGGUCAUUGUCUCCGGCCUCCUGACUGAUCCUGAUGCAGCUCCAGUUUAUCUAAGAUCUGAAUUACCCAGCAUCCAGAUCCACACGUUUCUGCAGUUUUGUUAACACGGGGUUUUAACUGGUGCUGGAGUUAUUUUUAACAUUUAAAUGAUAGAUUUUUUAGUUUUUUAGUUUUCUAAAACAUGUAAACAUGGUUGGAAACUAUCUACGAUUAUUAGUGAAAAGAGCAUUUUAAAUUCCAGCAAACAAACAAACAAAAUGCUUUUGUCUCUCAAAUGUAUGAUAAUAGGGUUAAGCAGCAGCUUCAAACACUUCAUGCUGUAUUUUUAUUUUUUUUGUUUCAAAGUUGUGGCAAGAAAAAUGUUUCUGUUUUUUGCUUUGAUGUCCUUCUUUAGUAGGGGCUGGUGGUGGGUACAGCUGGCGUUUUGGUGAAUGCCACAGGACACACUGGCAUCCAAGCGACCUCCUCAUGUUUCUCCAUUGUGCCUCCUGAUCUGCCAGAUGUUGGCUGGUUCUUUCAGUGGUCUCCCCUUGGCUUCCUUGUGGAACGCUGACAGAGGAUAAUUUCAAUUUCAAAAAACAAAUUCAAAACAAUUGACACAAAUACAUUUACACUGGCAGUUAACCAUGACCACAGCAACAUGACCAUUCCUGUGGUCCAGCAUCUCCUGAAACAGCCAAUGUCCAGACGACUCACUUCACAUGCUAGAGGUGAAAGUCCUAGAGUUCCGCCUUUUGUAACAGCAAAUAGCACAGAGAUAGAAAAGCCCACAAACAAGACAGGGUUUUCACGCCAUAAAGAUGUCUUUAUUUUAACCAGGUAAUAGAAAACAACAGCACAACAUUAGAUUUGUACUCUAAGGUCUGAAAUCUAAGGGUGACUUGUGAGCUCAGUGGGCAAAGCAGUGGAAAGGUAGCAGUGGACCAAAAAAGCACUAAAAAACUAAUGUACUGUGAGCACAAUGCUACACAACCUGCCCGUUCAUCGCCACAGAAGGGCUCUGUGACAGUAUGCUGUGCUCAUUCUAACAUAUUUGGCCUCCUGAUUGGUGGAUGUCAAAAUGCCAUGUUAGCGUUAGUCUUUCCAAGGCUCUGUUCUGCUUAGUCCAUCCAACAUUCAGUUUAACUGUCCAUCGUGUGGCUGUGCUGUCAACUGUCCACUUGGGGCCCCCUCGCACUAGUACGACCCCCCCCCCCAGCUGUAAUGACAAUCAGCAUGUUUCACAUCUUCUUGUUUUCCUCCUCUUGAAUAAAUGGCUCAGCAGCGAGUGAAAUGCAUUAUCUCUGAAACGAAAGGCGAUAAAAUAGUGGAACAGUAUUGAUGGUAUUGGACUGGUCUAGAAGAUAGGUCACUACAGCUCCUGUUUGUUAUUCUUAAACAAUGUUAGAAAUAGUGUUUGGUUUCGUCCAAUUCAUCAAACCCAUAGAGAGACUGAUGUCUUCUUAAACUCGUAAAAAUAUUUUUUAUUUUUUAGCGACCAGCUGAACACUUCAUUAUGAUGUAACAAAGAAUAUGAAAGCAUUUACUGUAAUUUGUUUUGGUUCCAGGCACGGCCACCAAACCAGGCCAGCUGUGAUCCCAGCCCCCCCCCCUUUAAAAGCACAUUGACUUUGGAAAAAUGGAUUAAUAUUGGCUGUCAGUUAGGAAGGAUGCGUAGCAUGCUUGUGGUCAGAAAUGUCUUUCGUAUAUCGAUCGUGUGUUUAUUUGCUAAAUCCUAAUAUGACGCAUUGAUCCGUUUCUCUGUCGUGCAACAUCGAUCCCCGUGUGAUGCUUCGUAAACGAUUUCUGCAGAGUGCUACAGCUUGGUUCUGUUACCAUCCUCCUUCGUAAAACCUUUACGUAACGAUAACUAAGGACUGUGGUUUUUUUUUUGUAAUUCUGGGGGUGUGGUUUGACCGAUUUUUCCAUUCGGAGACUGGGGAACGACAUUAUGUGCAAGCUAAUCGAAGCAAUAAUAGAUACAAGCGUUUCCGCUGCUGUGGCUCCACUGCGGAGACCCCACUGAAGUUCAGCACACAGACGCUGCAGGUUUCUCUACACACCAGGCUACAUGCGGAUAAGGCCCAUGUGUCCGGUUCCUCGCCAAGAGCCCCCAGUUCUGUGAAAGCUCUUAUCAGAUAUCGGUUCUGUUUUGCCAUUAUUUCAACGUGAGUGGGAUCUUAACAUGUUAUCACUGUACUGUGCUGUAGAAAAUCGUAGGUGUUUGUAUGUGAAUGUAUAAAUAAGUGGGGAAAAAAAUCUUUAAAAAGGCACAAAAAACAACAACCUAAAUUACAGAACACUAUUGUAUGUUGUCUUUAAUUUGUGUGUUUUGUAAAAGAGAGUUGGAAAAAAGACCUGAAUAAACAUCAGUAACAAAUACUA